CGUCCUCAACAUCAUCCCCAACGAGCUCCUACUCCCUCGCCCCCCCUCCUUCCCUCGCUCUUGCCCCUCGGCCCCCCGCUUACCUUUCCGCCCUCGGACCACCACUGCAACCCACCAUGCCCGAGCUCGGCGUCAUACCCCCGGUCGCGCGCUCCCUUGCGCAGUGGCACCGCAUGAUCGACGCGAACGAUCUCUCUGAUCUUGAGAGCAUGGUGCACCCCGACGCAGUCUUCCGCUCGCCCAUGGCGCACACGCCCUACGUCUCGCGCCCAGCGGUCGUGCUCAUCAUUAACAGCGUGCUCAAGGUGUUCAAGGACUUUGUGUACUAUCGCACCCUCGCGUCCGCGGACGGCAAGAGCGUCGUACUCGAGUUCAGCGCCACCGUCAAUGGCAAGAAGUUGAAGGGCAUCGACCUCAUCACGUUCAACGACGAGGGCCUCAUCACCGAGUUCGAGGUUAUGGUUCGGCCGUUCAGCGCGCUCCAGGAGUUGGGCGGCGAGAUGAGCAAGCUUGUCAAGGACAAGAUCCCGCAGUACAAGGGCAAGCUGUAGUGUUGUUGCGCAAUGGUAGAGAAUCACAGAAGAAGCAUGGCAUAGGGCAAAGUGAAG